CCUGUACCACACUGACAGCAUGGAUAACCGAACGUUUCACCUCGCGCAAAUCCAUCUCACAACUUUUCUGGAGGAAUAGCCUGAUUUGGUGUGAAAGUCAGUUGAUCCAUUAGUCCCAUUAUGACUUCAGGCUUUACAUGUGUUCCUUCCGUACAUUGUGUGGCUUAGCGUUGCUUUUGACACGUUUCUGUGAGGAUUUCAGAGCCUCGGAACACUUAAAAGAGUUGUAGCGUAAAUCUCGUCGGCUCUCAUGGGACUGAGGCAUUCGUCGCGUUGUUUGCUGCUACGGCGGAAGAUGGCGGAGGCGGACAGCUCGGAGCGGCAGCAGCCUGUCAUGUCCCCCCUCUCCCAGUCUGCUCAGCCCUCCCCACUGCCUAAACCAGUGCCUACUACCCACCAUGUGCCCUGCGUCCCCCAUACGCCUCAUGUAGCAGCUCUGGCCACCUGUCCCGGUCGAGGCAAGAUCGCCAAGUUCAUCAGCCCGGAGGAAAUGACAUCCCGGGACUACUACUUCGACUCUUAUGCCCACUUUGGCAUCCACGAGGAGAUGCUGAAAGAUGAGGUGCGGACGCUGACCUACAGGAACGCGAUGUACCACAACAAGCAUGUGUUCAAGGAUAAAAUCGUCCUGGAUGUUGGCAGCGGCACAGGGAUCCUGUCUAUGUUCGCUGCCAAUGCCGGUGCCAAACACGUGUACGGGAUCGAAUGUUCAAGCAUAUCUGAAUAUUCCGAGAAGAUCAUCAAGUCCAACCACCUACACAACGUCAUUACCAUCUUCAAGGGUAAGGUGGAGGAGGUGGAGCUGCCCGUGGAUAAAGUGGACAUUAUCAUCUCAGAGUGGAUGGGUUACUGCCUCUUCUACGAGUCCAUGCUCAACACAGUCAUCUUCGCCAGGGACAAGUGGCUGAAACCUGGAGGCCUGAUGUUCCCUGACAGAGCAGCUCUCUACGUGGUAGCCAUCGAAGACAGGCAGUACAAGGACUUUAAGAUUCACUGGUGGGAAAACGUGUACGGCUUUGACAUGAGCUGCAUUCGCAACGUGGCCAUCAAAGAGCCUCUGGUGGAUGUGGUAGAUCCCAAGCAGGUGGUGACUAACGCCUGCCUCCUGAAGGAAGUGGACAUCUACACUGUGAAGCCAGAGGACCUGUCCUUCACCUCAGCCUUCUGUCUGCAGAUCCAGCGCAACGAUUACGUCCAUGCUCUGGUCACCUACUUCAACAUUGAGUUCACCAAAUGUCACAAGAAGACUGGCUUCUCCACUGCUCCAGAUGCUCCCAGCACACACUGGAAGCAGACGGUGUUUUAUUUAGAGGACUACUUAACUGUCAAGAAGGGAGAGGAGAUCUUUGGCAGCGUUGCCGUCAGACCCAAUGAGAAGAAUGUGCGAGACCUGGAGUUCACCCUGGAGCUGGACUUCAAAGGACAACUAUGUGAGGCCGCCAUAUCCCACGACUAUAAAAUGCGUUAGGAAGAAGAACAAGGCCCUCCUGGUGUGGACCGACCCUCAGCCCCUCUGGACACACCUGGGGAGGGGGAGGGCACAGGCUCUCCAACAAGCACUCCAGGUGGCCAGGGAGGGCAAACAGAUGCAUCUGAUUGGAUGCCAUCAAGCCAGCAUCUAAGUGAUGUCAUCAGAAUCGGCAAGUAUCUAUCAGCAAUAGUGCCGUCACCUGUACCAACUUGAUGGGCACAUGGUUGAAUGUAACAUCCUAUGUUAACUUGAUUUUUUUUUUGUUUUUUUUAACCCUCACUGGGAAUUUAAUUAUUUGGAGUGUGACAUGAGUAUGAAAUGAAAAGCAUUUAGGAGUC